UCAGGCAACGGAACGUACGUGCCGCGCACCAUCUACGCCGAUCUCGAGCCAAACGUCGUCGAUGAAGUCCGCACCGGCACCUACCGCAGCCUUUUCCACCUGGAAUUGAUGAUCACUGGCGAGGAGGAUGCGUCCAACAACUACGCUCGCGGACACUACACUGUCGGCAAGGAGCUCAUCGAUCAGGUGUUGGACAAGGUCCGCCACGUCGCCGACAACUGCUCUGGUCUCCAGGGUUUCCUCGUCUUCCACUCCUUCGGUGCUGGCACUGAUGAAUUAAAAAUAGAUACGCAAUGA